AUGAGUCAGGGUGACCCCUGGGAUACCAAAAGCGUCCUCUCGGCUACUGCAGCCCUUCGAAACAUGAGUCAGGGUGACCCCUGGGAUACCAAAAUCGUCCUCUCUGCUACUGCAGCCCUUCAAAACAUGAGUCAGGGUGACCCCUGGGAUACCAAAAGCGUCCUCUCUGCUACUGCAGCCCUUCGAAACAUGAGUCAGGGUGACCCCUGGGAUACCAAAAGCGUCCUCUCUGCUACUGCAGCCCUUCGAAACAUGAGUCAUCAGGGUGACCCCUGGGAUACCAAAAGCGUCCUCUCUGCUACUGCAGCCCUUCGAAACAUGAGUCAGGGUGACCCCUGGGAUACCAAAAGCGUCCUCUCUGCUACUGCAGCCCUUCGAAACAUGAGUCAGGGUGACCCCUGGGAUACCAAAAGCGUCCUCUCUGCUACUGCAGCCCUUCGAAACAUGAGUCAGGGUGACCCCUGGGAUACCAAAAGCGUCCUCUCUGCUACUGCAGCCCUUCGAAACAUGAGUCAGGGUGACCCCUGGGAUACCAAAAGCGUCCUCUCUGCUACUGCAGCCCUUCGAAACAUGAGUCAUCAGGGUGACCCCUGGGAUACCAAAAGCGUCCUCUCUGCUACUGCAGCCCUUCGAAACAUGAGUCAGGGUGACCCCUGGGAUACCAAAAGCGUCCUCUCUGCUACUGCAGCCCUUCGAAACAUGAGUCAGGGUGACCCCUGGGAUACCAAAAGCGUCCUCUCUGCUACUGCAGCCCUUCGAAACAUGAGUCAGGGUGACCCCUGGGAUACCAAAAGCGUCCUCUCUGCUACUGCAGCCCUUCGAAACAUGAGUCAGGGUGACCCCUGGGAUACCAAAAGCGUCCUCUCUGCUACUGCAGCCCUUCGAAACAUGAGUCAUCAGGGUGACCCCUGGGAUACCAAAAGCGUCCUCUCUGCUACUGCAGCCCUUCGAAACAUGAGUCAGGGUGACCCCUGGGAUACCAAAAGCGUCCUCUCGGCUACUGCAGCCCUUCGAAACAUGAGUCAGGGUGACCCCUGGGAUACCAAAAUCGUCCUCUCUGCUACUGCAGCCCUUCAAAACAUGAGUCAGGGUGACCCCUGGGAUACCAAAAGCGUCCUCUCUGCUACUGCAGCCCUUCGAAACAUGAGUCAUCAGGGUGACCCCUGGGAUACCAAAAGCGUCCUCUCUGCUACUGCAGCCCUUCGAAACAUGAGUCAGGGUGACCCCUGGGAUACCAAAAGCGUCCUCUCGGCUACUGCAGCCCUUCGAAACAUGAGUCAGGGUGACCCCUGGGAUACCAAAAUCGUCCUCUCUGCUACUGCAGCCCUUCAAAACAUGAGUCAGGGUGACCCCUGGGAUACCAAAAGCGUCCUCUCUGCUACUGCAGCCCUUCGAAACAUGAGUCAGGGUGACCCCUGGGAUACCAAAAGCGUCCUCUCUGCUACUGCAGCCCUUCGAAACAUGAGUCAUCAGGGUGACCCCUGGGAUACCAAAAGCGUCCUCUCUGCUACUGCAGCCCUUCGAAACAUGAGUCAGGGUGACCCCUGGGAUACCAAAAGCGUCCUCUCGGCUACUGCAGCCCUUCGAAACAUGAGUCAGGGUGACCCCUGGGAUACCAAAAGCGUCCUCUCUGCUACUGCAGCCCUUCGAAACAUGAGUCAGGGUGACCCCUGGGUUACCAAAAGCGUCCUCUCUGCUACUGCAGCCCUUCGAAACAUGAGUCAGGGUGACCCCUGGGAUACCAAAAGCGUCCUCUCUGCUACUGCAGCCCUUCGAAACAUGAGUCAGGGUGACCCCUGGGAUACCAAAAGCGUCCUCUCUGCUACUGCAGCCCUUCGAAACAUGAGUCAGGGUGACCCCUGGGAUACCAAAAGCGUCCUCUCUGCUACUGCAGCCCUUCGAAACAUGAGUCAUCAGGGUGACCCCUGGGAUACCAAAAGCGUCCUCUCUGCUACUGCAGCCCUUCGAAACAUGAGUCAGGGUGACCCCUGGGAUACCAAAAGCGUCCUCUCGGCUACUGCAGCCCUUCGAAACAUGAGUCAGGGUGACCCCUGGGAUACCAAAAUCGUCCUCUCUGCUACUGCAGCCCUUCAAAACAUGAGUCAGGGUGACCCCUGGGAUACCAAAAGCGUCCUCUCUGCUACUGCAGCCCUUCGAAACAUGAGUCAUCAGGGUGACCCCUGGGAUACCAAAAGCUUCCUCUCUGCUACUGCAGCCCUUCGAAACAUGAGUCAGGGUGACCCCUGGGAUACCAAAAGCGUCCUCUCGGCUACUGCAGCCCUUCGAAACAUGAGUCAGGGUGACCCCUGGGAUACCAAAAUCGUCCUCUCUGCUACUGCAGCCCUUCAAAACAUGAGUCAGGGUGACCCCUGGGAUACCAAAAGCGUCCUCUCUGCUACUGCAGCCCUUCGAAACAUGAGUCAGGGUGACCCCUGGGAUACCAAAAGCGUCCUCUCUGCUACUGCAGCCCUUCGAAACAUGAGUCAUCAGGGUGACCCCUGGGAUACCAAAAGCGUCCUCUCUGCUACUGCAGCCCUUCGAAACAUGAGUCAGGGUGACCCCUGGGAUACCAAAAGCGUCCUCUCGGCUACUGCAGCCCUUCGAAACAUGAGUCAGGGUGACCCCUGGGAUACCAAAAGCGUCCUCUCUGCUACUGCAGCCCUUCGAAACAUGAGUCAGGGUGACCCCUGGGUUACCAAAAGCGUCCUCUCUGGUACUGCAGCCCUUCGAAACAUGAGUCAGGGUGACCCCUGGGAUACCAAAAGCGUCCUCUCUGCUACUGCAGCCCUUCGAAACAUGAGUCAGGGUGACCCCUGGGAUACCAAAAGCGUCCUCUCUGCUACUGCAGCCCUUCGAAACAUGAGUCAGGGUGACCCCUGGGAUACCAAAAGCGUCCUCUCUGCUACUGCAGCCCUUCGAAACAUGAGUCAUCAGGGUGACCCCUGGGAUACCAAAAGCGUCCUCUCUGCUACUGCAGCCCUUCGAAACAUGAGUCAGGGUGACCCCUGGGAUACCAAAAGCGUCCUCUCGGCUACUGCAGCCCUUCGAAACAUGAGUCAGGGUGACCCCUGGGAUACCAAAAUCGUCCUCUCUGCUACUGCAGCCCUUCAAAACAUGAGUCAGGGUGACCCCUGGGAUACCAAAAGCGUCCUCUCUGCUACUGCAGCCCUUCGAAACAUGAGUCAGGGUGACCCCUGGGAUACCAAAAGCGUCCUCUCUGCUACUGCAGCCCUUCGAAACAUGAGUCAUCAGGGUGACCCCUGGGAUACCAAAAGCGUCCUCUCUGCUACUGCAGCCCUUCGAAACAUGAGUCAGGGUGACCCCUGGGAUACCAAAAGCGUCCUCUCUGCUACUGCAGCCCUUCGAAACAUGAGUCAGGGAGACCCCUGGGAUACCAAAAGCGUCCUCUCUGCUACUGCAGCCCUUCGAAACAUGAGUCAUCAGGGUGACCCCUGGGAUACCAAAAGCGUCCUCUCUGCUACUGCAGCCCUUCGAAACAUGAGUCAGGGUGACCCCUGGGAUACCAAAAGCGUCCUCUCUGCUACUGCAGCCCUUCGAAACAUGAGUCAGGGUGACCCCUGGGAUACCAAAAGCGUCCUCUCUGCUACUGCAGCCCUUCGAAACAUGAGUCAGGGUGACCCCUGGGAUACCAAAAGCGUCCUCUCUGCUACUGCAGCCCUUCGAAACAUGAGUCAGGGUGACCCCUGGGAUACCAAAAGCGUCCUCUCUGCUACUGCAGCCCUUCGAAACAUGAGUCAGGGUGACCCCUGGGAUACCAAAAGCGUCCUCUCUGCUACUGCAGCCCUUCGAAACAUGAGUCAGUCAGGGUGA